CACAACAUGUGCCUCUGCCCGUGUAUGUACGUAUGUAUAUAUAUCAAAACCAGUAGUCUAGUGGUCCUAGUGGAAGCAGAACCAAACCAAGGCCGAAUAGGAUUAGUACAGUGGUCUUUCAUACUUCACUUUGGACUUUUCGUCCGAAGGAACGGUGAAGAGAACAAAGAGACAGGGUGUGUUUAAGAGAGAGAUCAAAAAGAGGAAAGAAAGGCUAUUGAAAAGAGAAUUUCACACACCGACUUGGUGAGGCUUCCCAGGAGAGACAGAGAGGAGUGUGAAGCAGAGGACUUGUGGAACUCUGAAGCUGCAGCUUGAUCACGUUCUUCUUGUUCUUGAUCACCUUUUGCAAGCAUUCUUGGUGUUAAGGUCUGACCCUGAAACAGACUUCUUCAACUUUUUCCGUGCUAUUAAGAUCAAAACGGGGUUUGACUCUACAUGGCUAACCCCAAAAGGCAACGAUUAAACCAAAACAACAAUUGUGACACAUCCAAGAAUAACUCUAUGAAGAAAAUUCAUAUUACAUACCCUGAUCCUUACUCCACUGAUUCUUCAAAAUUUGAUGAAGAAGAAUAUGAGUUUAAAGAUGAGUCAAUGUUUAUUGGUAAGCGCAAUGUCAAUGAUAUUGACAGAUUGCUAUGCUUGCAGAAGAAUAAUAAUUCAUCAUCGACUGAUGGGAAUGUCAAGGAAGAGACCGAAGGUUUGUUUUCUCAUCCAUCCCCCUCGUCUGUGCUCGAGGUCUCUACUCUGCUUGGUAAUGGAAUUGGAAAUUCAAUCAAAGAAGUAGACAAUGUGGAACCAUAUCUAUGCGAAUCUACUUCAGCUAUAGUUAGUAAUGGAAUUGGUAAUACAAUCAUAGAAGAAGGCAGUGAGUUUCCAAUUCUUGAAGAAGAACAAUCGGUUUUGGAUUUAUGGGAAGUCCCAAUAAUGUCACCAUCUACCCAAGAGUUUAUUUCGCAGUUUGGGAUGUCAGAUUUCUGUGGUAUAGAUGACAUUGUUGCUUAUCCUAUGCCUCAAGAUGAAUGUGAACCUCCUGAUGAGUCUGGACUUACUGCUGAGGAUAUUGCUUGGAUUGAUGGGGUCCUAAAUUUUGAGAACGAAUAAGUUUUGCAGUUCUUUCCUACUUUUUUUUUUUUUUUCCAAACAUUUUGUAGUUAGGAAGUAGUAGUAGUUGUUCCAAGAGAGUUCCCAAAACAUUUUGCAGAGUUUUGGAGGUUUUUUGCCAUCUUUGUUAGGGAGCAAGAGAGUUCUUGGGUUUUUCUCUGUGCUUUUUAUAGCCAUCCCAAGUUUUUUAACCUCUCUCUCCCACAUACGAGUUGUUUGUAAGAGUACAUCUUU